UGGUUUUGAAGCUUUGCAGAGUUUACUUCGAGUCUUCCCAGGCUGUCCCACUUUCACGUGUACCCUUUUAACACCAUUACUUUUGCUCUCUCUCUCUCUCUCUCUCUCUCCCUGGUUUCCCUUUUUAUAAGGCAGACGUGCAUGGCAACCAUUGCAUUCAGUUAGAAAAGAAAUAUGGAUAUAGUGAAAAUGGAGGCUCUUCUAAGGCUUUCCUCAACAUUGCUCUUAGUCUUGACUGCUUGUCUUGUUGGUUUUGAUACCCAAACCAAGGUUAUUUUGUUCUCAAUUGUCAGAAAAGCCACUUUUAGAGACUUGAAUGCCUUAAUGGCCUUGGUGUGCAUUGAUUCUGUGGCUGCUGCUUAUAAUCUUCUACAACUACUCAGAUGCUUUGUCUUUAAAGCCAAUCAAGUGCAGUCAUACCUAUGCCUUGCUUGGGUUUGUUUCUUAUUAGACCAGGUAUUUUUCAUAGAUGCUACCUCCUCUCAGGUCUCAACCCCAUGGUUCUUGGACUCUGCUGCAACUGAUCACAUUACAGAUGAUCUCCAUCAAUUGAACUUCUAUCAGCCUUACGCUGGCACUAAUCAGGUCACCAUUAGUAAUGGUUCUUCUCUUUCUAUUCAGCAUACUGAUAAAGGUAUCUUGCCCACUCCUCAUUAUUCCUUUCAAUUACAGCAUGUCUUGCGUGUCCCAUCUAUCUCUUCUAAUUUCAUUUCUGUUCAAAUAAUGGCUAAAGAUAAUAAUUGUUCUGUAACUUUUGAUGGUACUUCUUUCUUUAUUCAGGACAAUCACACCAAUGCUAUUCUGCAUAGAGGUGUUCGUGCUUAUGGCCUCUAUCAUUUUUUGCAUCAUCCAUCAUCCACUUCGCAUACUUGCCAUAACUCUACUACUUCUCCAUCUGCUUCUCUUUGGCAUAAGAGACUUGGCCAUCCAUCAUCUCAUAAAUUUCAUGUUCUUAAGAAUCAUUUACCUAUUUCAAUAAAUAAUGAUUUCAUUUCUUGUAAUGAUUGCUCAGUUGCAAAAUGCCAUCGUUUACCAUUUAAACUUUCUAAUUCUACUGUAAAUGCUCCUUUUGCUUUAAUCCACACUAACGUUUGUGGGCCCUUUACCUAUUCUACUUCCUCUUACAGAUUUUAUGUGUUGUUUGUGAAUGAUUUUAGUCGUUUUACUUGGCUUUUUCCUCUCUCUUGUAAAAGUGAAGUUUGUUCUAAGUUUAAAGAAUUCAAAAUGUUUGUGGAAAACAAUUUGGUUAUCCCCUCAAAGUUUUAAGGUGUAACGGUGGUUGUCACGCCCCCAAUUUCAUUACUCGAAUAAUUUACCAAAUUUCCUUGUAAAAGUUCAUUUCCAAUAAUAGUUAUAGAAGUUACACAAGCUAAAUAGAAUAAAUGAGGUUCACUCUCGCAUAGAUAUAAUGAUACUAAAAAUGUUCACAAUAAUAUUCACUGUACAUGC